GGGGCCGGGGGAAACUUUAUAUUGAUAGCCGCAUCCAUGGAUCACUCCUUUCAAAUUUUUAUAGGAGAUCCUAAUGACGUUAGAAAGAGAGAGAAGGUAGAAAAUAGCAAUAUAUAAAACCAAACGAACUUACCUCAAUUAUAUUUAUUUUCACAAAGCAACCGUCCUUGUGAUAAACACGCGCGCGCACCAAGAACAGCUCAACCAUAGAAGUCUCCAGUGAAGGUUAAAGGUGUCAUGGGCGAACAGCUUCAGGCCUUACCCUUUCUGUCUCAAAGAAAAGGCCCAAAUCAACCAAACCACCAGAUCAACAGAGCAUUUCCCACCUUUAUCACAACUUCAAACUUUCUUCGGAGCCCCAGCCUUGUCAGCGGCUGCUGCAGAAGCCAUUGACGACAUCGACGAUGCAGCCGUGAGAUCCUUUGCUUCCAACAGGGCGCAUGGCUGGAUAAAAACCACCAUGGUAACGGGUUCCGUCGAGCUCAUGUUCUUCAACCUAUGCAUCGUCGCCCUCUGCACGAAGACAUCCCCCUUUCUCAAGACCCUGGACUCGCCCGAGUCUAGCAAUAGUUCAAGGCUCCCCUCAAUUACCAUUCCGGUAUCAACGUUCAAUGUACGAUGCAUGUGAGACUGCGCGCCCGGUUUGGUAACUAUGGUUCGCAUGACCGUACCGUUGUUAAUAACGAUCCCUCCUGGGUUGGCGAGGCGGUUGCUGUAGAUUUGGAGAUCGGUGUUUGCGCAGAGGGAUGUGGGAAAGCCUUCGGUUGCAUAUUGGGCUUGAAAAUGCUCAGACCGCCUGGGUAUUCCGCAUCCGGGACAGUGGUGGGGAUGGAAGCAUCGAAGACUGAGGCACCUGAGGCAUCAUGUGUGGUUAUGAAACGUUGAGGAGAUUGUUCAGGCAUUUCGCUGGGUUUAUUUUCUUCACACCUUUUCUCGCUUUUAACUGGACGUUUCCUUUUUGUUCAUCUGGUAGUGGAAAGAAGGGUAUAAAGGGUUCGAGGUAGCUCCUUAUAAGAGUUGGGGAUAUCGGGUAGAUAUCUGAAUGCAGGCGCGCUACCCCUCUCCCCCUCAGACUCAUUAUUGUCAAGGAUUAUUGAGAUCAUCCCUCGACUAGCAAAUCACUGCCCACAGAGCGACGAAGCGAACUGGCAUUCGCGGCCAGUUUGGACAGCUUCAGGAACUCGCCGGCCGUCUACAUCGCCAUAUAUCUUCUGAGAUGGGGAUUUGUAUGUAUGUAUAGUACAAAUUUUGCUGAAGCUGUCCUUGCACCGCGGUCGGGUUAUAUAUAUAUCCCAAUCUAGAGCACAGGCAAGAAAUUUGCAAAAAGUAACCUAAUGUAAAGUUAUUCUUGAAAACCCCCUUGUUAUUAGAUGUUUAGCCGCGAUGUCUUGGCAUUGAUGUCAGCGCCAAAAAAAAGUUAUCCGCGCGUUUUCAACAUCGUGUCCUUUUAUAGAUAUCAACAACGAUAACGUGGCAUUUUCUGACAACAGCAUACAUGUCCUUCUACCGCAAGCGCUCUAUAUAACUGUGAGCUGUGUGCCACAAGCUAUACAAUGCCAUUUCAAUUUUGAUUACACAUGACACCGACAAGGUGAUUCACAUUUCCAACGAGGGGACAACAAUGCCGCAGGCACCACAGUCCUACAAGGACCGAAAGGAGGCCUUCGUGUCUAACCUAUCCGGCGGCAGUAUAUUAGAUAUUAAUGCCGUAACGCUCGUUGCACCGGCCGCAGUGCUCCUCUGGUCCUCUCUCCAAUCCCGCAAAUCUUUCUUCACCCCCUAUUUACCCGCAUCAUUAAUCGUGGACUUCCUCCUCAAUGUCGCGGCAAUCCUCUUUGCCUCAACUCUUUAUUCGUCCAAUCCCCUCAUCCUCAACGUCCUCCUCAUCUCACCCGCGAUUUUAUUACUCUUGGGCCCAAAACGAAGCCAACCGGCGCAAAAAGCCAAACCCCCACCUACAUCCUUAAAGCCUUCAGAAAAUGCUGGGAAAGAUCCGAAAACGGCUUCAAAUACACUAGAUCUCGUUCCAAUCCGCCCGUUCCUCACCACAUACCGCGGCGCCAUGAUGAUAGCAACAUGCAUGGCCAUCCUUGCUGUCGACUUCGGCAUCUUCCCCCGGCGAUUUGCCAAAGUAGAAAACUGGGGCACCUCGCUUAUGGACCUGGGUGUUGGAUCGUUUGUCUUCUCCGGGGGUGUGGUAUCGACUCGGUCCAUCCUCAAGAGCCAGAGUGCAUCCUCGUGCAGUAGUGGAUCACUGCCCAAAAGGCUCCUCGGUUCGGCCCGCCACACUAUCCCGCUCUUUGUCCUUGGCAUGAUCCGACUCUACAGCGUAAAGGGGCUAGAUUAUGCAGAACAUGUGACGGAAUAUGGCGUUCAUUGGAAUUUUUUCUUCACGCUGGCGUUCUUGGGUCCCUUCGUGGAGAUUUUCCAUUCGUUAACGGCAAUUAUUCCGUCCUACGAGGCGCUAUCUAUACUGGUUGCCAUUGCAUAUCAAGUUACGCUCGAGUCGACGGAUCUAAAAAAGUACAUUCUAGUAUCGCCUCGAGGUCCGUCUCUUCUUUCGAAGAACCGCGAGGGGGUAUUUUCACUUUUGGGUUACCUAGCAAUCUUCCUCGCCGGACGCGCUACGGGUUUAAGAGUGAUGCCCCGAGAAACCUCCUCCUCCCCCUCCAAGACGCCUUACCAAGCACGAAAGUCCCUACUUAUCCGCCAGGCAAUCUGGUCCAUUAUCUGGACUGCAUUAUUCUCCUUCAAUUCCCUCCACAUGUUUGGGUAUGGCGGAGGCAUACCCGUUUCGCGUCGGCUGGCAAAUUUACCAUAUGUCUUUUGGGUAGCGGCAUUCAACAACUCGCAGCUCUUCCUUUUCUGCCUUGUUGAGACGUUAUUCUUCCCGUCAGUGUACAAGGCGACUGACAAGGCGAGCGAGGAGGAGCGAAGUCGGUUUGCGACAAGCAGGAUCAUGCGUGCGUUCAACGGCAAUGGUUUAGCGAUUUUCUUGAUUGCAAAUCUCCUUACUGGCGCGGUUAAUAUGGGGAUGAAUACUUUGGAUGCGGACAAGAGUACUGCAAUGGCUGUAUUGGUUGGAUAUGCUAUUGUCUUAACGGGCGCGGCGCUGGCCAUGGACAAAUGGAAUUUGAAGUUGAAAUUAUGAAGCAGAGUAAUAAUUUUGGGAUAGUCGGUUUAUUUCAAUUGUAUAAUACGCGAUAUAGGUUAUCAUAAUUAUUUGGUUUGUUAACUAUCGUUCAAGCCGUCAAUUAUCUCUAACGUCUACUCUACAAACCACUAUUUACGAGCAAUACCCCUAUAUUUAUUUCCCCACUCCAUAAACAAAAAGUAGUGAACGUCAGUUGCCUCAUCGCAUUUUAUGCCAUCAUACUAGGUGGCGGCGGCGCAUCCCUUGAGGUUAUUAUCAACCAAUCAGCGUCUUUCAACUAG